UUCGAGAUUUAUAGUACCAAUUAAAGCAUUCACACCACCUUUCAGACAUUGGGGCAGAACUAAAAAGCCGUUUUAGUUUAAUACUCGAUUUCUGCAAACGAGGAAAAUAACAAAACAUUCUCCAGUCUCGUGUACUUCACCGAUUUUCAAUUUUUAAAUCUUCAAACUUCUCCCUUCCCCUUCUCCAAAUCCCACCACCAUAGAUAAUUUUGAAAGAAGCAAAUAGUAUAUUGUAUUCAAACCAAAGUUUUCGACUUCACUGAUUCUAACAUCUGAGCUCGUUUUAAUAAUAAGUUCAGAUUUUUCUUUGUUGGGUUAUUGGGGGGGGGUUUAGUGUGCGUAUACGAUGCUGUCCAAAAGUGUUGUUGCUGUCUCUUGUAUCAUUUUGCUAUACGGAAACUUGUUCGUCGAAGUUGAAGGAAUUGGUGUGAACUGGGGCUCACAGGCAAGCCAUCCGCUACCUCCGGCGACGGUGGUUAGGCUUCUCCAGGCUAACGGAAUCCGAAAGGUGAAACUUUUCGAGGCCGACACGAAGAUUCUCGGAGCACUGAGCCGGUCGGGGAUUCAAGUUAUGGUCGGAAUCCCUAACGACUUGCUCGCUCCUAUAGCCGCAAGCGUUGCGGUCGCAGAGAGAUGGGUCUCUCAGAACGUCUCUGCUCAUGUCUCCUCCAAUGGCGUCGAUAUCAGGUACGUGGCAGUUGGUAACGAGCCAUUUCUAAAGGCAUUCAACGGAACAUUCGAGGACAUAACACUCCCUGCCCUCCAGAACAUACAAUCAGCUCUCAUCAAAGCCGGUUUAGCCCCUCAGGUGAAAGUCACGGUCCCUCUCAACGCCGACGUCUACCAAAGCGCCUCUAACCUCCCUUCAGACGGAGACUUCAGGCUCGAGAUCCGCGACCUCAUGAUCAGCAUCGUCAAGUUCCUCAGCGACAACCAAGCUCCCUUCACCAUCAACAUCUACCCUUUCAUCAGCCUCUACAACGACCCUCACUUCCCCGUGGAGUUCGCCUUCUUCGACGGCACGGGCGAUCCCAUUGACGACAACGGGAGGGUCUACGACAACGUCCUCGACGCGAACUACGAUACUCUUGUCUGGUCGUUGGAGAAGAACGGGUUUGGUAACUUGUCCAUCAUCGUCGGUGAAGUUGGUUGGCCUACGGAUGGUGAUAAGAACGCGAACAUGCAGUACGCGAGGCGGUACAACCAAGGGUUCAUGAACCGUCAGAGAGCUGGUAGAGGAACGCCUAUGAGACCAGGCCCCAUGGAUGCUUACCUGUUCAGUCUUAUAGACGAAGACGCCAAAAGCAUCCAGCCAGGGAACUUCGAGAGACACUGGGGGAUGUUUUACAUCGACGGGCAGCCUAAGUAUCAGCUCAGUCUUCUUGGCAACGGUAACGGUCUGGUGCCUGCGAGGGAUGUGCGUCAUAUGGGUAAGAGAUGGUGCGUUCUUGCACCGUCGGCUAAUCUUGAGGAUCCUCAGCUGGGACCUAGUGUUGGAUACGCUUGUGAUCAUGCUGAUUGCACUAGUCUCGGGUAUGGUUCGUCUUGUGGGGGGAUGGAUCUGGCGGGGAAUGUUUCGUAUGCGUUUAAUAGUUAUUACCAGGUGAGUGAUCAGGUGGAGAGUGCGUGUAAGUUCCCUGGGGGUCUUUCUAUGAUCACUACUAGGGAUCCUUCUUUUGGGAGCUGCCGGUUUAAGGUAAUGAUCAAGUCGGAUUCUUCGGGUGGUGAAGCAAGUGUGGGGAUGAUGGGUUUAACAAGAUCAGUGGCAGUGUUGUUACUCUUGUGGAUGUGUAUGUAUACUGUUCUAUGAUGGUUUUUGAUUGUUUGUCGAGGAAACUUUGAUUGUUUAUUGAGAAAUUAUUGAAAGAAACAUUGAGAUUUUUAUGUA